CAAAUGGUCUGAAAUUUGGAUAUGUUGUAUCCCUAUGAAUCUAGUUUCAGUAGCAACGAGAAUCAACGGAUUUGGUUAAGUAUCAAGGGAGAAAUGAUCAAAAUGAGGAAGCAUGGUAAAGUGUACAAUCGUAUGACUUCCCUUGUGGUCUUAUUGACAUGCAUGAAUAUAACCAUGAUUAUGAUGAUUGUAUACGUGUCUUGGUGCUUGAAUAACCUGGAAAUCUUGUACAUAAAGGUAAGGAUCAAGCCGGGGGCUCAUCCAAAGGCAAGGGCAUAGCCGAGUGAAGACAAAGCUGUGAGUAGAUUCUAAUCUUAGAUCUACUUCAACAUAAUCACAGUAUCCGGGUCAUGAAGUGGCCCGAAUACAUAUCGGGGUCAUGAAGAGGCUCCGAUCAAGAUCAGAAGUAAGGUCUGUACUGUAGAUAUCGGGACUCAAGCGUGAAGGGAAGCCAUGAGGUGGGCGGAGGACUCCGAACUCCUUAAAUGUUUUAUGUUGUGUGGAUUUUGUAAUAAAGCGGACUUCCCCGGUUUCUGUUUUGACUCUGAAGGAAAUGUAUAUUAUGGUUUGAAGUUUAAAAAAAAUAUAUAUAU